AUGUACGAACUGGGAGAGGGCGCCCGGGAGGAGGCCGGCGAACACAUGGAAGCGAGUAUCAACAACAUCGCCAACAAGCUAGCCAACAUCCUCUACAUCACCAAUGUGUCCAUGAAGGAAAACUUUGCAGCGCGAAACUCCUUGCAGUAUGCCAAGUUCAUUAAUGACAUGAAAUCCUACUGUGUAAAUCUGAUCCAGGCAGUCAACAACAUAAGUGCAGAUUUUUACAACUACACUUGCUUGCCUGUGCAUACCAUCCCCAGGAACCCCUACAACAACAUACAGGAUGUGAACACCAUUACGAGCAACCUCAGUGUAGACGAUGGGGCGGAAAAAAUAAAACAGGACAAAAACACGCUGCACACAUUCAGAACGACGUAUGACCCAAAAGAUUUCAACACCAUCCUCAAACACAUAGAGCAAUUUAACGAUAACGUUUUUUCCGCACUGAACAACAUGCAACAUGCUAAGGUCUCCCACCAAAGGUAUGCAGAGACACAGACGUACGGGACGGUGCUCUCCGAUCGUUUGAAGAGCAGAGAGAGGGACAGUGAGCACUUGGAGGUAUAUAUGGCCAAGGUCAGUUACGGCCUAUUCUGA